CCGCAGCGCAGAUUUGUUCCUAGGAACAUCAUCACGAACCCCAAAUUAUCCCGCCAGGCCUUGGAGCCCCAUCCACCUCGACCAUCCAUUUCGACCGCCUCAGCACCACCACACUUCCCAUUACAGUCCAUUCGCUUUCCACUCAACCCAUCGUUCACCCUCACUCUCACGGGCCCGGGCGCCGGCCAAUCUGUCUUCCACGUCCACCUGCACCCACCUACUCCAUCACCACAAACUCACUCGUCUAGUCCUGGGACAUCGCGAUCCAUCACGACCAUCGCCAAGCGUAUCACAUCCAUCGACUACAACGCGAUAACCCCAAUCUUCACCUUUUGCGAUACUCAUUCUGCCUUCUAGGCUCCCCUACACUUCUGCCGGCUGUCAGCCAACGCGCCUGCGCAUUCGUUCCAGCUGCAAAGACCACCCCUUCGGUCACUGACCCUAUGCGCGUCCAGUCUUUUGAUAUGCGCUGAUUUCAACCACAACCACAAGAAUACCCUAAAAUUACGCAUUGGCUUAUGCAAUCAAUAUGGCUUCAAUUCAAUCAGUUCCGCAGGGACAACAACCUGGACUCGGCGCUCCUUCAUCUCAGCAAGCCAAUUUCAGAGAUGCUUUGGUAGUGAGUAGCCCUUUCCAUUAUGCGCCCGUCUUCAUUCCUCCACAUCGUUUGAUUGCUGAUGACUAGAGAAGAAAUAUAAACAGAUGAAGGAAUCUGGGGUAUCAGAAAGAGAUCCCGAAUUUCAGAAGUUGCACCAGAUGCUUUCCGGCCUGCAUUCGCAACGAAACUAUCAACAGCAAAAAGCGCAGCAACACCAAUUACUCAAUCAACAACAUAAUGCAUCUGCAAGCGCUACCAACGGGAAUACUAAUGGCACGCGUCCAGCGCCAUCUCCAAAUACAACAGCCUCGGCGCCGUCACAAUCCUCACCUACCACAUCUCUUGGGCCCUCUACCAUAUCCUCCACACCUUCGGCUACAACUAAGGGUGCUGUUCCAAGGACUGCGCAGGUUGGGAGUGGUUACUUUUCUCCAGAACAGUUGAGCGUUUUGAAGCAUCAAAUAUCCGCAUUCAAAUGCUUGUCCAAGAAUAUCGGUAUCCCGUCACAACUACAAGAACAGCUGUUUGCUUCGCAACAACGAAAAAAGUUGUCGCAAGGCGUUGACCAAUCUAUCGUCGCAUCCACCAAUUCCGCAGAAGAUGCCGCUCCUUCUGCAAAUGGCGAUGGUCCAGCGAAACCCGACAAGGACUUGGUAGUGCAAAAGGUGCACGAAUAUACUUCAUUCAGACCACCUAUAUCUUCUCUUCCUAAGGGUGAGCGUAUUAGUUAUUCUGCGCAUAAGAGACGUGAGAAUCGACCUAUGAUUCCCAGUUUGAUGCCUUCGGGUGUGGACGUAGAAAAGUUACGAAACGAUCGAGAAAUUAUUGUCUACAAUCGUAUGAAAGCCCGGCAGGGAGAACUGAUGUCACUUCCGGCAAACAUGGCACACAUCGACAUACAUGAUGACAACCUUACACCGGAUGAUACCUUGAAAAGGAAGGCAUUAAUCGAGAUGAAGAUGAUUGGGCUUUAUCAGAAGCAGAAGAUGAUGCGAGAAAGAAUCGGCCGCCAGAUGAUUCAAUACGACAACCUUGCCAUGACUGCGAACCGAAGCCACUACAGAAGAAUGAAGAAACAAUCGUUGAGAGAGGCUCGCAUCACCGAAAAACUUGAGAAGCAACAGCGAGAUGCUCGUGAGAACCGAGAGAAGAAGAAGCACGAGGACUACCUUCAUCUGGUCAUAUCGAAUGCUCGGGCAAUUGCCAAUCAAGCCACCCAGCAUAGACAAAAAAUGCAGAAGAUUGGUCGUAUGAUGGUACUGCAACAUCAAAAUAUCGAGAAGGAAGAGCAGAAGAGAAUAGAGCGAACUGCGAAACAACGUCUGCAGGCCUUGAAAUCCAACGAUGAAGAAGCCUAUCUUGCACUUCUCGAUCAAGCUAAGGACACUCGUAUUACCCAUCUUUUGCGACAAACUGACGGAUUCCUGUCGCAACUCGCGGCCUCGGUCAAAGCGCAACAGCGGAAAGCCGUCGCCACAUAUGGCGGCGACCUUGUCGUUGAGGAGUCUGAUGACGACGAUGAAGAGGAGCAAGAUACUCGCAAGAUUGAUUACUAUGCUGUGGCCCAUCGGGUCAAGGAAGAAAUCAACAGUCAACCUUCCAUAUUGGUCGGUGGUACUCUCAAAGAAUAUCAAUUGAAGGGUCUCCAAUGGAUGAUUUCACUCUACAACAACAAUCUGAAUGGAAUUCUUGCAGAUGAGAUGGGUCUGGGUAAAACGAUCCAGACAAUUAGUUUACUCACCUACCUUAUUGAGAAGAAGAAGCAGAAUGGACCAUUUUUGGUCAUUGUGCCCCUGAGUACAUUGACCAAUUGGAACCUGGAAUUUGAAAAAUGGGCACCUUCAGUGGCCAAGAUUGUGUACAAAGGUCCACCAUUGGCACGAAAGCAACAACAAAAUCAACUUCGAUACGGCAAUUUCCAGGUACUCCUGACAACCUAUGAGUACAUCAUCAAAGACAGACCCGUGCUCAGCAAAAUCAAAUGGGUUCAUAUGAUCAUCGAUGAGGGUCAUCGUAUGAAGAAUGCAUCUUCCAAACUCAGUGCAACACUCACACAGUAUUACGCUACCCGUUACCGUCUCAUUCUUACCGGAACUCCACUGCAAAACAACCUUCCAGAAUUGUGGGCUUUGCUAAAUUUUGUUCUCCCAACCAUUUUCAAAUCUGUUAAAUCGUUCGACGAGUGGUUCAACACACCUUUUGCAAAUACCGGUGGUCAAGAUAAGAUGGAGCUUACUGAAGAAGAACAGAUUCUUGUUAUUCGACGUUUGCAUAAAGUUUUGAGACCCUUCUUACUUCGUCGUUUGAAGAAGGACGUGGAGAAAGAUUUGCCUGACAAGACAGAAAAGGUCAUUAAAUGUAAAUUUUCUUCGCUCCAAGCACGCCUUUACAAGCAAAUGGUCACCCACAACAAGCUUGUCGUCAGUGAUGGCAAGGGAGGGAAGACUGGUGCGCGCGGUCUCAGCAACAUGAUCAUGCAGCUGCGAAAACUUUGUAAUCAUCCAUUUGUGUUCGACGAAGUUGAAAACGAGAUGAAUCCCUUGAACACUAGCAAUGAUCUUCUUUGGCGAACAUCGGGCAAAUUCGAACUUCUCGAUCGGGUUUUACCAAAGUAUCAACGGACGGGGCACAGAGUCCUGAUGUUCUUUCAAAUGACUGCCAUCAUGGAUAUCAUGGAAGAUUUCCUUCGCUACCGAGGAAUCAUGUUUAUGCGGCUCGAUGGAACAACAAAAUCUGAUGAUCGUUCCGACCUUCUCAAAGAAUUUAACGCCCCCAACUCGCCAUAUUUCAUGUUCCUGUUGUCUACCCGUGCUGGUGGUCUUGGUCUGAAUUUGCAGACCGCAGAUACCGUCAUCAUUUACGACUCAGAUUGGAAUCCUCAUCAGGAUUUACAAGCGCAAGAUCGUGCUCAUCGUAUUGGUCAGAAGAAUGAAGUUCGUAUUUUGCGUCUUAUUAGUUCGAACUCCGUUGAAGAGAAGAUCUUGGAGCGUGCGAAAUACAAGCUUGACAUGGACGGCAAAGUUAUUCAGGCAGGACGUUUCGAUAACAAGUCUUCCGAAACAGAUCGUGAUGCCAUGCUUCGUGUAAUGCUGGAAACUGCAGACGCCGCUGAGAACUUGGACCAAGAAGAAAUGGACGACGAAGAUCUCAACUUGAUGUUGGCCAGAAAUGACGAUGAGCUCAAUAUUUUCAGGGAGAUGGACGAGGAACGUGCAAAGGAUCCUGUUUACGGUGCGGGUGCUGGGAGCAAACGUAUGCCACGUCUUAUGGCCGAGAACGAGCUGCCCGAGAUUUACAUGUCCGACGGAAACCCAAUCUCGGAUGAACCUGAAGAAGUCAAGGGUCGCGGAGCCCGAGAACGCACUCGUGUCAAAUAUGACGAUGGUCUCACAGAAGAGCAGUGGCUUAAUGCUGUUGAUGACGAUGACGACAGUCCAGAGGCUGCAGCUGCUCGGAAGCAGGCACGCAAGGAGCGUAGAGAGAGAAACCGCCUGAAGAGAGCCGGUGAACUUCCUGGCUCUAUUGAAAACUCACCUGCUGGAAGUCGGGAGAGUACAGAAGAGCCCGAACCUGAGCCAACGCCGAAAAAGUCACGCGCCCGCAAGUCUGGCGGCAAGAAUGAAAAACGCAAAGCUGAUGAUUUCGAGGAUGGUCCUCCAGCUAAGCGGAAACGUGGAGGUGCACAAUCUAAAUCCAACGGAAUGAACCCCCGACAGCGAGAUCUGCUUCAAACCAGCUUGAGAGCUGUCUAUGAUUCUUUGAUGAACCUCGAAUCCGCUACUGAAUCGGAAGAUUCUGGUUCUGACGAGGAAGAUCAAAAACGCUUGAUCAUUGGGCCAUUCGUGGCGUUGCCUCCAAAGAAGGACUUCCCAGACUAUUACAAGAUUAUUAGAGACCCUAUAUCUAUGAAGAUGAUUGAGAAGAAGAUCAAGAAAGAGGAGUACUUUAACCUCAACGAUCUGAAAAGGGACAUUCACUUGAUGUGUCUAAACGCAAAAACUUACAAUGAGGAUGGUAGUCUCAUCUUUGUGGAUGCUGUUGCAAUCGAGGUAUGUCACCAUGAGACAAUGAGCGGAAUAAUUGCUAACCACUUCUAGAAUGCUUGCGAAUCCAAGAUCCGUGAUGAAGUUUCUGAUCACCCAGAGCUUGGAGAUGAUGACUCUUCGCGUAAUGGAGGGUCGACAGCUCCUACAACCAAUUCAGGAACUCCUAUACCUUCAAUGACCUCGGGCAAAUUGAAAUUAACUGUCAACAAAAAUAUGAAUGGUGGGAGCAGCGGUGUACAGAGUGAUGACGACUAGAGAUGCAAGAGAAAGUCCAUUUUAUUGGGGGUUCAUGAGGGGCGCGAGGAGUUAACUGGUGAAUUUGCAUGAUGGCAUUUUCUUUUCCUACUUAUGUAAUUGCACUUGGUGUACACAACGGCGUUUGUGUUCACUACAAGAGUCAUAGGUAUUCACAGUGACCAUCUAGAAAGUCGAAGACAGGGUGGUUGGCUUGACUUGAUUGGGCGAAAGGAUUACUUUGCCUGGAUUGUACUUUAGUAGACAAUGGACGACAUGUGCGAUAGUAAAGAUGGGGUUUUAUAAUGUAUUGUGUUCUGAU